AUGAAUCUACAGUUUGAUAUUGCUGUGUCAAAUGAAAAAGAUUACCUUCAAAACGUUCUUGAUCAAUUUCCUUUUCAGGUGGUUGGUUUGAAACCGUUACCAAAGGAGCCGUCAGAUUCUGGCAAGAAAAAGAAGAGCAUGUCAAAUCCUUUCGUAAAAAAGAAUCGCGAAAAGAAGGAGGUUCCGGAGAAACCGGUCAUCUCUGAACCUAGCAAUUUCGAACAUACCGUUCAUGUUGGCUACGAUCCUGCUACGGGUGAAUUUACGGUGAGUAAUUAUAUUAGUUAA